AUGGUGACAGGCUCUCGGAAUUUAAGUAACGCCGCUCCGAAAGGAGCCUCCGCGGUCAGCCGGACUACAGCUCGAUGCUUCAGCUCUUGUUAUCAUACCAGGGGGUAUAGCCAGGCCAGCCUUAUACACUCAAAACGCGACCUGGAUGUACUCAAUCGAUGUACCUCUGGCCGAUGGCUUUGGGCUGAAAACCAGCAGAUGGCAGUCCGCUAUGUUGAUUUUGAUAUGCCAGGGCUGUUUAAAGUGGCUGCCUCGGCAGUUGGAGCUGAUUUGUGCACCAAAGUUGUCAAGCUUUCCGAAGGCCAAUAUAAUAAAGUGUUUCUACUCACCAUGAAUGAUGGCCGUGAGAUCAUUGCAAAGUUACCAAACCCUAAUGCAGGGCGAGUACAUUUUGUCACGGCGAGUGAAGUUGCAACUAUGGAUUUCAUGAGGAACACCCUUCAUCUUCCCGUUCCAGAGGUUUAUGCAUGGAGCUCCAAGGCAUCCGAAAACGCUGUUGGGGCAGAGUACAUCAUCAUGGAAAAACAGUCAGGCAUAGUGCUAAGCGAUGUAUGGGAAAAGAUUACCGGGAAACAGAAAGCUCGGGUUGUUCAACAGAUUGCCGAGAUUGAAAUAACUCUUGCGUCAACAAAGUUCACCGAAUAUGGAGCUAUAUACUACAAAAAGGACCUACCUGCAUCCGAUAAUAAUAUACCCCUCUAUAUUAGUGAUAUUGGAGACGAGGUGUUUAGCACUAAAUUUGGAAUUGGACCAACUAACCAUCGUUCGUUCUUUGAUUUUGGUAAAGGGCAGCUGGAUAUAGAUCGUGGACCAUGGUCCACGGUAGUCAGGUAUAUGGAAGCUGUUGCCCGCAGAGAGAUUGCAUGUGUAAAUGCAGGGUUAAAAUACCCCUUGUUUCCAGAGGGCCUUUUCUAUGGGCCUAGACAGUACCAGCCAACUGCGUCCAAAAAGUUAUCAGCAUUGUCUAAUUACUUAAAGAUCGCUCCCCGCGUCUUACCAGAGGCUAAAGCCAGCCACGCAUCCGUUUUAUGGCACGGCGACCUGCACUCACAAAACAUCUUUGUUGAUCCCGAGGACCCAGGUCGAAUACUAGGUGUAAUUGACUGGCAGUCUGCUAGUACCUGCCCGCUUUUUAUGCAAGUUACGCGCCCUGGAUUCCUGGAUUAUAAUGGGCCGGUCCCCGAAAACCUUGGGCGAGUGAGCCUGCCUCCCGAAUUCGAUUCAAUGUCUCCCGACCAACAACGAGAUGCAAAGGCACUGCAGCAGUCCCAGACCCUUCACAACCUAUAUUUGGCCUUAUGUUUACGGUCAAAUUUCGCGGUCUUCCAAGCGAUACAGGGACAUAAUACUCUACGUCAACAAAUCAGCGUUCUGCCAGGAUUGAUAUUAACCGACUGUGAACCCUGUCUUAACAGUUUAUUAAGAGAAGUAAAGAAACAGUGGUCAACAAUUGCUGAAUGCUCCUCAGACGGCAAUCCUACAGUGCCUUGCCCGCUGGAAUUCUCGCCUGAAGAGGUGGAACAACAAGAGCAUGAUGAAGCACUAUGGGCUCAAGGAGUAGACCUCAUGAACAAUUUCAUUGACGAAACCGGAUGUUUCAAGCAUUGGGACGGCAGGGUCGAAACUGGAGAUUAUAAACUGUCAAAGAAACAGCUCGCCGAGGGCGUCGAGAAAUUUCUCCGCCGUGAGGCAAAGAAUGAGAGGGAGCGGAAGGCGUGGCUUGAAGCUCUACCAUUUGUUGAUUAG